AACCUCAACCUCUAUAAAACUCCAAGCCCUCAUUGCACAACACACACAUCAAAACGAGACGGGGCUUCCGUCCAAAAUCCAUGCCAGGUGGAUGAGAACCCUUUUCUUUUUCUUUUUAUCCUAAUUUAAACAAACUAUCAAUCACAUGAUAUGUUCAUCAUCCGGGUGAGUGGUUUUCCUUGCUAUGCUUGUCAAGUGAGCAGUCCUUUGCAAGCAAGUCUUGUUUUCGUUGUCUGUUCGACCUUGUUCAAAAACAUACAUGUUUAGAACUAUCAAAACUCUAAUUUAGAUUGUGUUUAACAUCAAUGAUUACGAUGUAAUGAAAAUAACAUCAAGAUCUCAAACCAUAAGCUCUUAGUUUUUGUGCCUCCUCCAUCGAUAUUCCAUGCAUAUAUAUAUAUGCACCAAAACCCAUGUAUCUUAUGAGGAAUAAGUUAGGUAGUUUUGUGAUUUCUAUAUAAACUUUUGUUUCUUGCAGGUGUACUGAAAUAAUAAAAUUACUGUAGGAAGGAAAGGCAAUACUGAUUAAGCGUUUUGACAUAUAAUAACUUAGAUUUGCAUGUCUGUGAUGAAAUAUAUAUUAGUUAAGUACCAAAUUUUAUAGAUAGUGUAGAGGAAGAACCAUUUAUCUCUGAAAAUUCUUAAUGGAUUUCCUAGAAGGCUAUAACUUGUUAGCUAGAUGAAAUAUAUACUAAGUUCGAGGAGCCUCAGAGAGCUUCAUUAGUAUGUUUGCUGAAGCUGUGAAAGUAGAUUUGAAGUUGGGAUCAAGUAAAUGCAAUAAGAAAAAUUCUAUUCUUUGGAGUAGCUAAUGGAGAUUGUUUCUUAUGAUCUCAUCAAGGCCCGGUAUAUCCUCUGUAGAAGUUUUCCUUUACAUGAGAGAACUUAAAAAGAGUCCAUUGCACAAUAAAUGCCUUGGACAGUACAAUCAUGAUUCAUGAUCCAUGGCCGUAGCGUAAAAGGAACUGAAACAGUUUAGAUAUACUUGAUACGAAGUUCAAUUAAUCACGUCAUCUUCUUUUAGUUUUCACAUGAAGAAGAGAAGAAGAAGAAGAAGACAUUUUUAUUUUCUUAUCAAUUUGGUAAAGCUUGCACCGGUCCUUCCUUCUGGCGCCGGUGAGGAGUUUCAUAACUUGACCAUAUUUUUACACCAAACGCACUUAGGGCCAUAACCCUUCUUUCUUUCUUUUUUUUUUUUUCCGCGCGGAGCAUCGUUGACGAGUAGCCAAGUACGAAAUGAAGGGUCUCUUCACUGUCGCAGUGUAGUGGAUGUAGAAAAAAGGUACCUUAUUAAAAAAAUAUAUUCAUUAAAAUGUAUAAGAAAGUGAUUUAAAAUUAAAUUAACAUGCUUUAAUUAUAAACAAUUUUAAUACUUUUUUCUGAUAAUAGAUAAUGUAAACAUAGAAAGGGUAGUUCUAAUAAAAGUUUUGAAGGUCGAACAGGCAGCGAAUGCGAGAUAUUAAGCAAAGGACUACUAAUUUGACAAGGCCUUUGCAUGGAAUUCAACACCUAAAUGUCUGCAUAUACAUCCAAUUCAUUGCCAGAAGAAGCGUCCUUUGUCGCCUGUGAAAUUUUAUCAACAUGGGACAUAAGAACAAAAGUAUGUUUGGAUGACUUUCAGGUAAGUUAUGAAAUUCUGUCUUUUCCUUUUUCUUUCCUUUUCUUGAAUACUUGCAAGUUUCCAGUCAUCAUUUUGGGUUGAUUGCCAUUAAUUCCAUGCAUGAUUUUCGGUGGCUCGGCUUCUUCUCACGCCACAAGUCCCAAUUAACAUGUCAAGAUGAAAUUCAUUAAAAAGAAAUAUCGGUCCAAGCCCGGCCCUUCGUAGCCCAAAUUCGAUCUCUGAAGUCCAAAUUAUUUGUGGGUUCUGUCGAUGUGAUCUCUCCAAGCCAAACCCACCAAGGAAAAUCAACGGUGGAUAUGAUAUUUCUAGUGCUCCUCCAUCCUUUCGCCACGUUUCGUAAGGUGCUCUUUGUUUCUAAUCCGAGUGCAAGAAACUCAGCUCAGGUGCUUUUUCCAGCGAUUUCGGCAGUAAUUCAAUGGCAUUCUCAAAUUCGAAGGUCUUAGGGAACCCACUUCACUACAUAACUGCAGAAAGAAGCUUACCAGCCAUCAAGCGGUCUGUGAUUCAGGUGGUAAGAUUGAAAGAGGAUAAAUUGCAGGCACCAAAAACGCUUAAUGUUUCACGGAGAGAUGCAUUGCUAUGUGUUACAGCUGAAGCUUUAGGUGGAUUCACCAUUCUUUCUGCUGUAGAACCAGCCGAAGCUCGUGUUGGGAGAGUUGAGAUGAAGAAAAAGAUAAUGCAGAAGCUCGAAAAGCUCAGGGAAGAGAAUGCUGGGAUAUCGAAGACAAAAACUGAGCAGACGACUAAUACUCGAUCCCCUACUAAAGAGAAAAUCCUUCCAAAUCCACAAGAAGGACCUAUUAUUGAAGCCAUCAUUCCUUGAUGAUUGAUGAAGGCAGCAGGCGGUAACUGUCUUGAAAUGAAAUGUUUGAUGUUGACUGUAGAAUUUCUUCAAAUUACAAGUUGUAUGUAUAAAGAUUAUAAUGAAAUUCGUGUGAAACUCAUCUUUGAUUAAUCUGUCAUAAUGAAAUCACUUUGCAUAUGAA